ACAAUUGACGAUCAUUACCAAUCAUAUCCAUAGCAACAAAGGCAAGCACAUUAGAAGCAUGGCCUCCUCCUUCACCAACAAGAGCAGUGACCCUCGACUCCGAUCCUACGCUGCAGUCAAGCCAAUAGGCAAGGGAAGCUAUGGGGAAGUGUUCCUUGUGAAGCACAGUAAGGAGAAGAAACAGUAUGUGAUGAAGAACAUCAAGCUGACAGCAAGUAGUGCCAAGGAGAGGCUGGCAGCUGAACAAGAGGCUGUACUACUGGGCAAGUUGAAACAUCCCAACAUUGUGUCCUAUAAAGAGUCCUUUCAAGAUGAACACGGGAUGCUCCACAUUGUCAUGGGUUACUGUGAGGGAGGUGACCUCUGUACUCGUCUCAAGACCUGUAAGGGACAGUACCUACCAGAGACGCAAGUAGUGGAGUGGUUUGUACAGAUUGCUCUAGGACUACAAUAUCUUCAUGAGAGGAACAUUCUGCAUAGAGAUUUGAAGACUCAGAAUAUCUUCCUGAGCAAGAAUGAUAUCAUUAAGGUUGGAGAUCUUGGUAUUGCUCGGGUGUUGGAUGGAUCAUGUGAUCUAGCACACACAGUCAUUGGAACACCAUACUACAUGAGUCCAGAGCUGUUUGCUAACGAACCAUACAACCACAAGUCUGAUAUAUGGGCCCUUGGUUGCUGUGUGUAUGAGAUGGCUACUCUCAAGCAUGCCUUCACUGCCACCAAUCUCAACGCUCUUAUGUACAAGAUCAUUAAGGGGACUGUCCCUUCUCUACCCAAUGUGUUCACUUCAGAGCUGUCUGUGUUGGUCCACUCCAUGAUGUCCCACAGUGCUGCCAGUAGACCAAGUGUACAGGAGCUAUUAAGGAAUGCCUUUGUAAGGAAACACAUCAAACUGUUCCUGGACAGAGCUGCCAGCAAAAAGAAGAAGAAGCCACCUGUUACGAGAGACCCACCUUCUGACAAGUUAGGGUUAGCUACACCCAAUGUUUCAUCAUCCAAAAGCCAUCCACUGGCAGCCCCUCAAAUCAGAGUGCGCUGCUCAAGCAUUGGAUCAAGUUCACGGGAAGAGAACACUGUGAAGAAACAGAAGCCCUCUGAUGCAGCCAAGAGAGCUACCUCCCUCACCAACCUUUCUCAGAAGCCCACUCCAACCGAGACAGUUGCUCACAGCCCUGCUACAGCUGGGAGGGACCCACCUACUGUUGCAGCCUCGGGAGACCCACCUACAGUUGCAGCCUCGGGAGACCCAACUACUGUUGCAGCCUCGGGAGACCCAACUACAGUUGCAGCCUCGGGAGACCCAACUACUGUUGCAGCCUCGGGAGACCCAACUACUGUUGCAGCCUCGGGAGACCCACCUACUGUUGCAGCCGAGGGAGACCCACCUACUGUUGCAGCCGAGGGAGACCCAACUACUGUUGCAGCCGAGGGAGACCCACCUACUGUUGCAGCCGAGGGAGACCCAACUACUGUUGCAGCCGAGGGAGACCCACCUACUGUUGCAGCCGAGGGAGACCCACCUACUGUUGCAGCCGAGGGAGACCCACCUACAGUUGCAGCCGAGGGAGACCCAACUACUGUUGCAACCGAGGGAGACCCAACUACUGUUGCAGCCGAGGGAGACCCAACUACUGCUACAGCUGGGAGGGACCCACCUACUGUUGAUAAGCCUCCAGCAAAAAUGUCCAAGCACAAGCAAAGUAAUGGAAAGGACAAGAGACCGUCUGAAAAAAACAGAGGAGCAAAAAGACCUCCACGACCUUUGCCCCCUAAUCCUACUAAACGUGCAUCAGUGGGAUGUGUGAUACUCGACAGUCCAAAGGUCUCGUCUGCGAGGGAACGAAGACGCAUGAACAAGGUUAAAGGUCGAGUGGUGCUGAAAUCACGAUCAUCUAGUGAUUUGAGUAAAGGAGAGAAAGCUCAAAGCUCAGACGACCUCUCUAAGCAAUCAUCUACUGAACACUCUCCAAAGAUUGACAAGUGUGUUGUUUUGGAGAAUGGGUGCAAGGAGAUGGUAUCACAUGACCUACUACCUAGCAGUGGUUCAUCUCAUGAAGUGGAUGAAUUCCUCACUCUAUUAGACACAACCCUGCACCUACCAGAGCCUCCAGUCAGGGCAGCAUCAGGAGAUACUCCACCAGCACGACAAGCAUUCAUUCAAGAGCAGCCCUCUGUGUCUCAUGAGGUCUCUCAGGCUAUGCUCCAGUCAGGCAGACUAGGGGACAGGAUAGUGGCUCUGAGAAAAGAGUGUGUAGCGGGUCUGGGUGAGGCUGUGAUGAAAGAGGCCAGUCUGAUUCUCCAGCAGCAGGAACCAGAUGAGGCUGAGGAGUUGUUGUUGAAGGUAUUAGGACAGAAACAGUUUAACUUAUUUGCUGCUAAACUGCAACAUUUGAACUUUUGUGAAGACAAUAUAUAUACUAUGGAUGUCCCUAUGAAUAGUUCUGUGGAGUCGGCUAGUGUACUGGGUUCUUUGCUGGCCAGCAGUGAGGCGGUCCCACAAUCCACUCCACCAACAAUGGCAACAACCAACACUGGACUCGAGACACCUCCUCCCACUACUACUACUACCCCUCUCAUUAUUGGGCUCAUCUCCUCCGGCCCAGACACUAAGGCCACACUAACAGUACCUGGGGUUAAGUCACUCCCUCCCCCUAAGCCUAACCCUCCUCAGUUAGAACCUCAUGGCAGUGGGAAACCAAAGGCCUUCCUCUCGAUGAUGAGUGAAGGGUCCAGGACUUCUCCCAGCAAGAAGCACACACCCACCACUAAGAAAGGUCAGAGUACAGGACAAACAAAGGCACAGGGUUCAAAGUCCACUACAGGGGUCAAAGACUCCACUCCACGCACCUCACAGCGAGCCAUCAAGCGACGUCGUUACUACGACGAUGAGGACGAUAUUCAACACCCCAAGAGUGGCGGCAAGAAAACAAAAGUCAGCAACCCGAAGUCCAACAAAUCAGUCAACAAAAAACCACCUCAUCCCAGCAAGUCUAUGAGCGCUGCUAAGGAUCUCGGUAGGUGGCGACCCACAGACGAUCUCAUGCUCAUCAGUGCAGUGCAGCAGACCAAUGACUUGACUGCUGUCUACCUGGGUAUCAAGUUCUCGUGCAGGUUCACACUGAGAGAGAUUGAGGAGAGAUGGUAUGCACUUCUCUACAGCCCUCAGAUAUCACACAUAGCCAUCGAGGCCAUGAGGGGACUGCAUCCAGGAGUGGUUACCAUGGCACUCAACAACGCUCUCUGGAGUCAGGAGGAAGAGGCUGUCCUCGCCAAAAUACCAUCCUCUGAUGCUGGUCAUCUUGAGACAUUUCAGAAUGUUCUGAAGGAUCAUCCGGCUGUGUUCCAUGCUUGUCGCACUGCCACCUCCCUCCACCAUCAUUGGGUACUCAUGGGUCAUUACAACCUUCUCAAUGAUCAGAAAGUUCAGCUGAUACCACCAGGAGACAACGUGACUGACUUCACAGAUGCAGAGGAGCAGAGGACAGAUAGUGAGCUGAUGAAGUCACGUGAUGUACGAGAGGAAGCACUUGAACAAGAGUUGAUGAUCAGUGAUCGUCAGUCCAAGCGUGAGAUCUUAUCACUCGAGGAUGACCUUCCAACAUGGAGGACUGUAUUGGACACACCCACCACCUCGGAGCUACAUGCUGGCGAGGUGGCACUGUUCAGAGGUAAAGUGGUUGAGUUUAGAAUGACCAAACCCUCCGUCACUUUUGGACGAGCCACGCCUACCAACAAAGUGGACUUUGACCUUUCCCUUGAGGGUCCAGCGUACAAAAUCUCACGUCGUCAAGCGAGUAUUCAUCAAACGGAAGAAGGAGAGUUCUUGUUACACAACGAAGGGAGACGUGCUUUGUUUGUGGAUGGAAGGGCUGUACUGAGUGGUCGGUCUGCUCGAUUAGAGUCCAACCAAACCAUUGAAGUGGCUUCAAUGGCCUUCCUGGUGAUACUCAACAGCAAGGCUCAAUCCUCUUCAUAGGGACUAGUCAUUAUCACUUCAAAAUUGUGUGCAUUCAUUGUAAACUACACAUAAAUUAUAAGCCAAAAUCAAAAAAAUUAAAAGUGUUGUCUAUUAUUAUGAU